AUGGCUGUGUUCUUCGAGAUAUUCAGAAACAAAUGGAUCACGCCGCCACAGGAGACGACUGAGGACUACAGCGGCAGGGUCGUAAUUGUCACAGGAGCCACAUCUGGCAUGGGACCAGAAGCCGUGUAUAAGUUUGCAAAGCUGGGGGCUUCGAAAGUCAUCAUCGCCGCGCGUGACCUGAACAGGGGCGCGUCCACUAAGCACGAGCUUGGCAAAAGGCUCGGUCGUGAUGAUCAGCUGGAGGUGUGGGAGCUGGACAUGAUGUCCUACGACAGCGUCUGCGCGUUCGCAGGACGCGCGCACGAGCUUGAGCAUCUCGACGUUGCCAUUUUGAACGCGGGCACUCGCCGCUCGUCCUACCACACUAGCGAGCAGGGCUGGGAGGAGGGUCUGCAGGUCAACACGCUCUCCACCGUGCUUCUGGGUGUUUUGCUGCUGCCAAAGCUCAAGCACGCGAAGCGCUACACCGGCAAGACGCCGGUAUUGGAGUUUGUGAAUUCUGGUCUCCACCAAAGCGCACUUGUGCCGCCUGAGGUACGACAGCAAUCCAACGUCCUCGAGCACUACAACAGGCGCGAGAACUUCAAGGAAGGCAACCAGUACAAGUUCAGCAAAGCGUUCCUGAUGUAUGCUACGAACAGGCUCGCCAGCGAGGUAACCUCUGCAGACGUCAUCAUCACGUCCAUCUGCCCUGGUCUCGUCAGGAGCGACUUGGGGCGAGACCAUUACUUCCCGGGCGUCUACGUGCUGGCUGCUGUGCCCGUCUUUCUGUUCAUGAAGUCACCGUCGCAGGGAGCAGACGCCAUUCUGAGUGCAACGACGCAAGGCGAAGCGGUGCAUGGGAGGUUCUGCAAGGACGACAGGAUCAUGCCCGUGCCACGUGCAGUUGCAGGCAGUGAGAUGCAUGAGCUGGCCUCGACAAUCUGGGACGAGAUUGUAGAGUCGCUGACGCAGGACGUGCCAGCAUUUGCAAAGCACCUCGACGCGGCGCUAUCGCCCUUUGGCCGCAAGCCGCCGUCCGCCCAAGCCGCCUCCCUCCUGCGGCUGAUCUUCCCACACACUCGCGCACGCGCACGCGCACGCGUACGCGCCGCCGUCUCCAGGCUCCGGCCGUCGAGCCUCGUCCGCCGGGCCCUCGAACAUGAGGCGCAGCUGAGGCGCAGGACCCCCGCAACGAGCACCGAAGACGGCCACGGCAGCGGCAUGAGUAGCUAUGCGAGCGGCGAGGCGGGCGGGCGGCGACGCAGGCUGGCCGGCUACCUCAAGGCAGCGAACGAGCUGCGACAGACGUACACGCAGCAGUAUGCGCCGGGCUGGAGCAGCCGCGAGGCCCACUACGACUACGAGGACGACGCCCCGGGCAGCUUCCCCGACGCCGCCAUUGUGCGCAGCGGCGACGAGGAGAUGAUCCUGUUCCCCAGCUACGCCCGCAGGCACAUCAAGCGCACACCCGACGCCGCGUCGGGCGCCGUCCAGGAGGCCGCGGGCGACGGGCGCGACUCGACGACCGCGGGCGACGCCGACUUCUGGAAGCAGCAGUGGGACAGUCACGAGGACGAUAACGCCGUCGUCGACGUCGACGUGCGCGGCUGGAUCUACUCGCCGCACCGCGGCCAGAUGAGCCGGAAGCAGCGGCUGUUCAUCGGCCUGGCCCGCCAGCUCGUCGGCGUGUCGGCGCCGCCUGCUGCUGCUGCUGGGUCCGCCUCCAACUCGUCCGCGAAUAGCCGCGACCCCAGCCCCAGCCACGUCGGCUUCCGCGAGCGGGCGCACAUGCGCCAGUCCCAGCGCGACGAGGACCUGGCCGGCCGCGAGGCAGAGGCCAUUCUGAGGAAGGGCGAGCGCGAGGCCGCCGCCGCUGCAAAGGGCGCCUACAGCGAGAGGCCGAGCCGCAGCAACGGCGACGACACGCAGCUGUACCGCGCCCAGAGCGGCGAGAGCGUGCGCACCGCCGGCAGCGCCCGGACCCACCAGCUCGCGCACAGCCAGUCCAAGGACUCUCUCCAGAGCGACGACGAGCACAGCACCCCGCUGCAGAGGAGAGCGUCGUGGAACCAGCCGGCGGACAUGAGCCCCGCCGAGCUGGCAGAGGCGAACAGCCGUCUGAUGGCCCGGUUGCGGCACUUCCUCGCAAUGCCCAUGGCCAACACGCCAAUCAGCGUCUUCUUCUACAACGACAACAUCUCCAAGCAGCGGACCAUCUACACCAACGCUGCCGGCCACUUCAGCAUGACGGCCGCGCUGGACUUUGUCCCUACGCACGUGCGCAUCUUGGCCUCGGAGCAGCUGUCGGCCACGGAAGAGGUCAUCAUCACCGACUCCAAGGGCAUCAGCGUCAUCAGUGACAUUGACGACACCAUCAAGCACUCGGCCAUCAGCAGCGGUGCGCGAGAGAUUUUCCGCAACGUCUUCAUACGUGAUCUGAGCGACCUGACCAUCGAUGGGGUCAGGGAGUGGUACAACGGCAUGUCCCAAAUGGGCGUCAAAUUCCACUACGUUUCCAACUCGCCGUGGCAGCUGUACCCUGUCAUCUCAACCUACUUCAGCAUGGCUGGCCUGCCACCCGGCUCCUUCCACCUCAAGCAGUACAGUGGCAUGAUGCAGGGCAUCUUCGAACCUGUUGCGGAGAGGAAGAAGGUCACCCUGGACAAGAUCUCUCGAGACUUUCCCGAGAGGCGGUUCAUCCUCAUUGGCGAUAGCGGAGAGGCGGAUCUGGAGGUGUACACGGAUUUCGUCCUCGAAAACCCAGGACGUGUUGCCGCCGUCUUCAUCCGGGACGUGACAACCACCGAGACUGGCGGAUUCUUCGACCCCUCCGUCGGGUCCAUGUCAGGCUCAUCGUCACCCCGACGCGGCGGUGGCUCCAACGCCUCAGACGUCGCGAGCCCAGCGAGCGCAACGCGUGCGCUGUCCGAGGAGCACGACCCUGAGCUCAGAGCUGCGAUUGCGGCUUCUCUACGCGCAUUCGAGGAAGAGGACAAGAAGCGGCUCCAUCCUCGAUUGCCCGAGCACGACCAGGAUCGCUUCAGCAACAGACCUGGUAUGCCGGCGCGGCACGCAGUCCAGACGGCCAAGGCUGAGCCAGUAGCCAAUUUGAUUGACCUCUCUUCUUCAGACGAUGAGGGGCCCGAGACGAUCCCGUCAAUGCGACGCGCCAACACAGAUACCGAAGCCUUCAGCGGCCCAACACGGACGUCGACGGGCUCGAGCCUGGGCAAAGCGGCUCCUCCGCCACCGACGAAGCCUGCUGCACUGCGGAUUUCAUCAAACGACAGCCUAUACGCGUCGCCCUCGCCGUCUACGUCGAAAGCACCGCCACCGCCAAAACCUCGCCGGCCGUCCACUACGAUCCGCCUGGUGGGCCAGCCCAGUCCCCUCUCUCAACCCAGCAACGCACCUACCUCGCCACCAUCAAAUCGCUCUGCACCGCCAUCAAACCACCCUGCACCGCCAUCAAACCACCCUGCACCGCCAUCAAACCGCCCUGCACCGCCAUCAAACCGACCUGCACCGCCAUCAAACCGCCCUGCACCACCGCAACCCAACUACAGCACCAAACCCCAGUACGACCACAGCAACCAGAGCUACGCCGGCAUGGCCCGCGACAAGCUCUACUCCGUCUACAACAGCCUGCCAGCGUGGUCCUCCGACGACCAGCCCGCCUCAGACAACGCCAGCAUUCGCUCAGGCUCAGACGGCGACAGCGCUCGCAAGACCGCUCCCCCACCGCCGCCGCCGCCCCGCCGCAACCCCGCGGGCGCAGCUGCAUCCUACGUAGGCGGCAAAGCCUCCUCGGCAUGGCAACACGCGCCCUCGCUCCCGCACCGCCCGCAGAUCACCUCGACGCAGACCUCGGCCCCGUUCUCCACGACCGCGCAGCGCGAGAAGCUGAAUCGCUCGAGCACAGGCAGCACGCUCGGUCUCAACGGCGGCGGCCAGGGCCAGACGGCCGACGGCCAGUAUGUCAACAAGAGGGAGGCGCUGUGGCGGCAGCGGUGGGCGCGGGCGGAGCAGAUCCUCUCCGAGCAGGGCGUUGUGCUGAGGAGUUGGAGGGUGGGUACUGAUUUGGCGGCCGAGGCGGAGAAGAUCGUCAAGGCGAACGAGAGGGAGAAUCGCAUUGGAAACAAGAACGGCGCGCGGGCGAGCGUCAAUGAGCGCAGCGGGGGGGAGGGGAGUCUGAGGCGCAAACCGGGGACCACUGCAUUUGGGUCUCAUCGCCAAUCCUACUUUCGUCGCACACUCACAAUUGCAACAAUGCCUUCGUCCAAAGGAAAGCCAACAGAUCCUAAGCUUCGCGAGAAGGUCAAGGAGGAGGUGAAGCAGAAGCCCAACAAGGACGGCAGCGGCAAGGGCCAGAUGGCUGCAUGGAAAGCCGCCGAGAUCUCCAAGGAGUAUGAGAAGCAGGGAGGUGGCUACGAGAAUGAAGCUGGCAGCAAGAACGAGCCUAAGAAGGGCGCACCAGAGGCCAAGUCUGACAGCAAGAAGAAGACCGAGGAGAAGAAGGCAGACAAGUCGGAGUCUAAAGACGAAGAGGAGGAGGACGAUGUCGAGGAGGAGCAGGACGCUCCCGCAAGCGCACAGAAGCCUAAAGCCAACCAAGGAAAGAAGGCCGACAAGAAGGAUGACGGCGAAGAGAAGGCCGAUUCUAAGAAGAAGGCCGCACCAAAGAAGGCGGCUGCGCCAAAGAAGGAAAAGAAGGAGCCCCAGGAGGGCACCAGACGAAGCAGCCGAACCGCGGCAAAGAGGAACUCGCCCGUCAAGGAGGUCGACACCGACGCCGACCUAGACUCAGAUGAGGCACCGAAGAAGAAGAAG